CCUGGGAGCAGAAGUCUCCGCUACACCUAUGUCGGCGCUGUUUUGGGGGAAGCGGAUCGUGACAGGCCAGCAGCGGCGGACUGUAAACAUGGCGGCGUGCACAGCUAAAGGGCUGUGCCGAACAUCCCGUUAUUAUUAGUCUGAGAGACGGAGACACCCCGAAAAUGGAGACCGAGGAGGAGCAGCACAUAACGACGCUCCUCUGCAUGGGGUUCCCGGACCCCGACGUGAUACGAAAAGCGCUCCGGCUGGCAAAGAACGACAUCAACGAGGCAGUGGCGCUCCUGACGAACGAAAGCCCCGGACUCGGGUAUGGAUACGAGCUGAUGGAGAGCGGGCCUGCCCCCGGCUUGGGCUCGAGCGGAGAUGGGGAAAACAGCGGGAGGACCGGGACUGGAGGGUUUGACCCGCCUCCAGCAUACCACGAUGUGGUGGAUAGCGAGAGGAGCAAUGAUGAGAAUGGGAAUUGCUCAGGAGGAAGCAUGGAGUUUCCCACCACUAACCUGUACGAGCUGGAGAGCAGAGUCUUUACUGACCACUGGUCCAUACCUUACAAGAGAGAGGAGUCCCUGGGCAAGUGUCUCAUUGCCUCCACCUGCCUUGCUCGUCACGGUCUUGCUGACGCAGAUGAGAACUGCAAGCGCUUUAUGGAUCGGUGCAUGCCAGAGGCCUUUAAAAAGUUGCUGACCAGCAGUGCUGUACACAAAUGGGGCACCGAGAUUCACGAGGGAAUCUACAACAUGCUCAUGUUGCUGGUGGAGUUGGUUGCAGAGAGGGUGAAGCAGGACCCAGUGCCUGUAAACCUGAUGGGAGUCCUGACCAUGGCCCUUAACCCUGAUAAUGAGUACCAUUUUAAGAACCGGAUGAAGGCCUGUCAGAGGAACUGGGCCGAAGUUUUUGGAGAUGAGGCCAAUAUGUUUGCCGUCUCUCCUAGCAACGCCUAUCAAAAAGAGCCUCACGGUUGGCUGGUUGAUUUGGUGAAUCGGUUUGGAGAAUUGGGAGGAUUCACUGCAAUACAGGCAAAACUCAACACAGAGGAAAUCGAAAUCGCUUGUGUAUCUGCUCUGGUCCAGCCUCUUGGUGUUUGCGCUGAAUACCUAAACUCCAGCCUUGUCCAGCCCAUGCUUGAUCCAGUCAUUCACAAGAUGAUCACAUACGUACAGAACCUGGAGGAAAAGGACCUUAAAGACAAGCGUCUGGUGAGCAUCCCAGAUCUGCUGUCGGCCAUCAAGUUGUUGUGUAUGAGGUUCCAGAGGGAACUGGUCACUGUUGUGGACGACCUGCGGCUAGAUACACUUCUGCGUAUGCUCAAAACCCCCCAUUUCUCGACCAAGAUGAACUCCCUCAAAGAGGUGACAAAGUUAAUAGAAGAGAGCACAGUGUCAAAGACAGUGAAGAACGCUAUUGACACUGAUAAACUGCUAGACUGGCUUGUAGAGAACUCAGUCCUGUCAAUAGCACUGGAAGGUAACAUUGAUCAGGCUCAAUACUGUGAGAGGAUUAAGGGAAUCAUUGAGCUGCUGGGGAGUAAACUGUCUCUUGAUGAACUCUCCAAGAUCUGGAGAAUACAGGCAGGCCAGUCAUCAACUGUGAUAGAAAACAUUCAUACAAUAAUUGCUGCUGCUGCUGUGAAGUUCAGCUUCGAUCAACUCACCCACCUCUUCGUCCUCAUACAAAAGAGCUGGGAGGUUGAGAGUGACCGUGUUAGGCAAAAGCUGCUCAGUUUGAUCGGGAGGAUAGGCCGAGAAGCUCGCUCCGAAACUACAACAGGAAAGGUGCUGGAGGUGCUGUGGGAGCUGGCUCACCUCCCCACCCUGCCCACCAGUCUAGUUCAGCAGGCGCUGGAGGAGCACCUGGGGAUCCUGAGUGACGCCUACGCUGUCAAGGAGACCGUGAAACGGAGUUACAUCAUUAAAUGUAUUGAGGACAUUAAGAAGGCCUCUCAGCAGAGCAGUCCUCAGUCGGUCUGGGUCGUUCCUGCCCUACGCCAGUUGCACGAGAUAACCCGUUCUUUCAUCAAACAGACCUAUCAGAAACAAGACAAGAGCAUCAUCCAGGACUUGAAGAAGAACUUUGAGAUCGUAAAGCUGAUCACUGGAUCCCUUGUCUGCUGCCAUCGACUCGCCGUGACGGCUGCGGGUAAUAAUGGCCUCUCAGGCUCCACCCUGGUGGAUGGACGAUACACCUACCAGGAGUAUCUGGACAGCCACCUGCGCUUCCUGGCCUUCUUCCUCCAGGAGGCCAGCCUCUACCUGGUCUGGAACAGAGCCAAGGAGCUCUGGGAGUGCCUGGUGUCAGGACCGGAUGUUUGUGAGCUCGACCGUGAGAUGUGUUUUGAGUGGUUCACCAAAGGACAGCAUGACCUUGAGAGUGAUGUUCAGCAGCAGCUCUUCAAGGAGAAGAUCUUAAAACUGGAGCCUUAUGAGAUCACCAUGAAUGGUUUCAAUCUAUUUAAGACUUUCUUUGAGAAUGUGAAUCUGUGUGACCAUCGUCUGAAGCGCCAGGGAACUCAGCUGUGUGUGGAGCGCCUUGACCUGUCAGGGAUGGAUUUUAUCUGGCGCAUCGCCAUGGAAACCCCUGAUGAAGAGAUAGCCAACGAAGCAAUCCAGCUCAUUAUCACAUACAGCUACACCAACCUUAAUCCCAAGAUGAAGAAGGAUUCCGUGUCUUUGCACAAGAAGUUCAUUGCUGAUUGCUACAAGCGACUAGAGGCAGCAAGUUCGGCCCUGGGUGGGCCUACUUUGACACAUGCUGUUACUAGAGCAACCAAGAUGCUGACGGCCACUGCAAUGCCGACUGUGGCCACAUCUGUACAAUCACCAUCCAGGUACAGAGGGGGGUUUGGAUCCACUAAGCUGGUGAUAAUUGAACGACUGCUGCUAUUGGCUGAGCGCUACGUCAUCACUAUUGAGGAUAUGUACUCAGUUCCUCGCACUAUUCUACCUCACGGGGCUUCGUACAAUGGGCACCCUGUCACUCUUCACAUCACCUUUGAGUCAACCAAAGAUACUUUUUCCUUAGAGACCCACAGUAAUGAGACAGUAGGAAGUAUCCGGUGGAAGAUAUCAGAGCACCUGAGCUGUCCGGUGGAUAAUGUCCAAAUCUUUGCCAAUGAUAGUGUGCUGACCAUGAAUCGGGAUCAGAAGCUGCUGUCCCAGCUUGGCUUCAGUGACGAGCAGAGCCUGACUGUGAAGAGCUCAGGCACUGGCACUCCCUCUGGCAGCUCCGAGUCCUCAGCCUCCGCCUCUAGCAGUUCCAGCUCAGCCGUCUUCAACUCUGCCUACGCCUUGGAGCAGGAGAAGUCCCUGCCCGGUGUGGUGAUGGCUUUAGUGUGUAAUGUGUUUGAGAUGCUUUACCAGCUGGCUAACCUAGAUGAGUCCAGGAUCACUCUUCGUGUGAGGAAGCUGCUGCUGCUGAUUCCAACAGAUCCUGAAGUGCAGGAUGCUCUUGACAACUUUGUUCCCAAAGAAUCCAGCGUCUGGAGCCACCAGAAGACGCUCUUUACCCUCGGCCAGGGUACAGGCUCUCGCUCUCCAUCCAUGUCUUCAAAGCAGCAGCAUCAGCCCAGUGCUGCAUCCAUCCUGGAGUCCCUUUUCAGAUCUUCUGCCCCGGGCAUGUCUACAUUCAGAGUGCUAUACAACCUAGAGGUGUUGAGUUCAAAGCUCAUGCCCACAUCUGAUGAUGAAAUGGCCAAAACCAGCAGCAAGUCCUUCUGUGAGAACUUUCUUAAAGCAGGAGGCCUCAGUCUGGUGGUGAAUGUUAUGCAGAGAGAUUCCAUCCCAUCAGAAGUGGACUAUGAGACCAGACAAGGGGUCUACUCAAUCUGUCUGCAGCUGGCCAGGUUUCUUCUAGUUGGUCAGAGCAUGCCUGCAGCGCUGGAUGAUGAUGUCAUCAGAGAUGGUGAGGCGCUAUCGUCGCGUCCGUUCCGUAACGCUGGACGAGCCGGCCGACAGCUGUCUCUCUGUGGAACUCCAGAGAAGUCGUCCUACAGACAGAUGUCUCUGUCCGAGCGCUCAUCCAUAAGAGUCGAGGAGAUCAUACCUGCUGCUCGUGUCGCUAUUCAGACCAUGGAGGUGGGAGACUUCACCUCCACUGUGGCCUGUUUCAUGCGUCUGACUUGGGCGGCUGCCGCAGGACGAUUGGAUCUGGUUGGAAGCCCUCAGCCAAUCAGAGAGACCCACAGCUCACUUCUGCCGCAGGGAGUCCGUACCCGAGUCAGCAGUACAGGAAGUAACUGCAGCUCCAGCAGUGAGGGUGAGACCACGCCAACAGCUCUGCAUGCUGGGAUAUGUGUCAGACAGCAGAGUGUCUCCAUCAAAGAUGCCAUCAUCGCCCGUGAGGCCUUGUCACUGCUGGUUACCUGUCUGCAGUUACGCUGUCAGCAGCUGUGUUCUUUUUACAACCUUCCCUCCGUCAGUGAUUUUAUCAUUGAUGUUCUUUUGGGAUCACCCAGUGGAGAGAUCCGUCGUGUGGCCUGUGAUCAGCUGUACACGCUCAGCCAGUCUGACACUUCAGCCUUCCCUGAAGUCCAGAAGCCCAAUUUGUUCCUCCUUUCAGUUGUUCUCACUGCUCAGCUGCCUCUGUGGAGUCCCACAUCUGUCAUGAGAGGGGUCAACCAGAGGUUGUUGUCCCAGUGCACUGAAUACUUUGAUCUACGAUGCCAGCUUCUGGAUGACCUGACCACGUCAGAGAUGGAGGUUUUAAAAGUGAGUGCAGCCACCAUGCUGGAGGAUGAGAUCUCUUGGCUCGACAACUUUGAGCCCAGCUGGAGCUCUGAGAUGGAGACCAGCGAGGCGGAUAACAUCCUCCUGGCAGGGCACCUCAGACUCAUCAAGACGCUGCUGUCACUCUGUGGCAACGAGAAAGAGCAUCUCGGUCCAUCCCUCAUCCAGCAGCUGUUGGAUGACUUCCUGUUUCGAGCCUCUCGUAUCAUCAUCAACAGUUCCAACCCUACUCCUUCCCCGGCUCCCAGCCACGACUUCCACCCAAAGUGCAGCACGGCCAGCAGCAGACUGGCAGCCUACGAGGUGCUGGUGAUGCUGGCAGACAGCUCUCUCCCAAACCUGCGGCUCAUCACCAGAGAGUUAAUGUCCAUGCACCACCAGUCAGAUCCUUCCCUCUGCAAGGAGUUCGAUUAUCUUCCCCCUGUAGAGAGCCGGUCAGUCUCAGGUUUUGUUGGACUGAAGAACGGUGGAGCCACAUGUUACAUGAACGCUGUGUUCCAGCAACUUUAUAUGCAGCCUGGCCUGCCAGAGGCUUUCCUGUCCAUUGAGGACGACACAGACCAGCCAGAGGAGAGUGUCUUCUAUCAGGUCCAGUCUUUGUUUGGCCACCUGAUGGAGAGCAAACUGCAGUACUACGUACCUGAGAACUUCUGGAAGAUCUUCAAGAUGUGGAACAAAGAGCUGUAUGUAAGAGAACAGCAGGAUGCUUAUGAGUUCUUCACCAGCCUGGUGGACCAGCUUGAUGAGCAUCUAAAGAAAAUGGGUCGAGAACAGAUCUUCAAAAACACAUUUCAGGGAAUUUUCUCCGACCAGAAGAUUUGUAAAGAUUGCCCUCACCGAUAUGAGCGCGAAGAGACAUUCAUGGCGCUGAACCUUGGAGUAACGUCCUGUCAGAGUUUAGAGAUUUCGCUGGACCAGUUUGUCAGAGGAGAGGUGCUAGAGGGCAGCAACGCCUACUAUUGUGAGAAAUGCAAGGAGAAGCGGACCACAGUGAAGCGGACGUGUAUCAAAUCCCUCCCCAGCGUUCUCUGUAUUCACCUCAUGCGCUUCGGCUUCGACUGGGAAAGCGGACGCUCCAUCAAAUAUGAUGAGCAGAUUAGAUUUCCCUGGGUGUUGAACAUGGAGCCCUACACCGUCUCUGGAAUGGCUCGUCAAGACUGCAGUGGAGAGGGAGGCGAAGGGAGAGGUGAUGGGACCUCAGGAGGGUCACCCAGGAAGAAAGUCACCAUUUCUGAGAACUAUGAGCUCGUGGGAGUGGUUGUCCACAGUGGUCAGGCGCAUGCCGGACACUACUACUCCUUCAUUAAAGACAGACGCGGCAGUGCUCGUGGACGUUGGUACAAGUUCAAUGACAACGUGGUGGAGGAGUUUGAUAUGAACGAUGAAACUCUGGAGUACGAGUGCUUCGGUGGGGAGUACCGUCCCAAAGUUUAUGACCAAUCCAACCCAUACCCUGAUGUGCGGAGGAGGUACUGGAAUGCAUACAUGCUGUUUUAUCAGAAGAUCAGUGACCAGAACUCACCUGUCCUGCCCAAGAAAAGCAGAGUCAGCAUUAUGAGGCAGGAAGCUGAGGAUCUUACACUGUCUGCACCGUCCUCCCCUGAUGUUUCCCCUCAGUCCUCUCCUCGCCCCCCAAGAGCCAACAACGACCGCCUCACCCUCCUCACCCGCCUGGUCCGUAAGGGAGAGAAGAAGGGCCUGUUUGUAGAGAAGAUGCCCGCCAGCAUCUAUCAGAUCGUGAGAGAUGAGAAUCUGAAGUUCAUGAGGAACAGAGACGUCUACAACAGCGACUACUUCAACUUCACCCUCUCCCUGGCCUCAGUCAACGCAACAAAGCUGAAGCAUCCAGACUACCAGCCAAUGGCCAAAGAGAGUCUCCAGCUGGCUGUUCACUUCCUCUUCCACACCUACCUGCACACUAAAAAGAAACUCCGCGUGGACACAGAGGAAUGGAUGGCGACGGUGGAGGUGUUGCUGUCUAAGAGCAGUGAGGCGUGUCAGUGGAUGGUGCAGUACUUGGUGGGACCAGAGGGACGAGAAAUCACCCGGGUUUGUCUGUUGGAGUGCAGCAUAAGGGAGGUGAGGGUGGUGGUGGCAUCCAUCCUGGAAAAGACUCUGGAGAGCGCGCUUCACUUCGGAGACCCGGGAUUGGACAAUUUGACUGACACCCUGCUCUCCUUAUUGGACAAAGACGUCUCUGAGAAUGUGAAAAACUGUGCGCAGUACUUUAGCCUCUUCAGCAACUUCGCUCAGAGGGGUUGCGGUCCUUGUCAGUUGUUGUUAAAACACUCAGCUUAUCGUCGGAUGCUCAUCUUCCUGUUGGGACCCAACAGGCAGAACAACCAGAACCGACGGUGGAGUCCAGCUCAGGCUCGAGAGUUUCUUCACCUCCACAGCACUCUGGCCCUCAUCACUCUGCAUUCUGACCUCGGCCCCCAGCGGACACAGGCUCCAGGAGGGUUUAAGCUUCGUGUGAGCAGCGUCCCGUCCUCAACGCCACUCCUCCCGCUACAUGCAGACAUCCUGGCCUCACUCUUCACUCCAGAAGGACAGCCUUACCUUCUCGAGGUGAUGUUUGCCAUGCGUGAGCUGUCAGGGCCCCUCUCUCUCCUGAUAGAAAUGGUGACCUACUGCUCGUACUGUAAUGAGCCCUUCUCCCUGGGAGUGCUGCAGUUACUCAAGGCCCAGCUGGAAACGGCUCCACCUCAUGAACUGAAGAACAUUUUUCAGAUGCUGCAGGAGCUACUAGUUGUGGAAGAUCCUCUGCAAUCCCAGAGACUGAAGUACGCUUUUGAGUCAGAGAAAGGCCUGUUAGCUCUGAUGCACCAGAGCAACAACGUGGACAGUCGACGCUGCUACCAGUGUGUAAAGUUCCUCGUCACAUUAGCUCAAAAGUGUCCUCCAGCCAAGGAUUACUUCAAGGACUUGUCUGGUCACUGGAGCUGGGCAGUGCAGUGGCUGCAGAAAAAGAUGACAGAACAUUACUGGACUCCACAGAGCAAUGUUUCCAAUGAGACUUCCACCAAUAAAACCUUCCAGCGCACUAUCUCUGCACAGGAUACCUUGGCCUAUGCCACAGCAUUGUUAAAUGAGAAGGAGCAGUCUGGCAGCAGUAAUGGCUCAGACGGCAGCCCGGCAAAUGAAAACGCCGACCGCAGCCUCCGACAGGGGUCGGAGUCUCCCAUGAUGCUCGGCGAUUCAAAGAGCGAUCUGGAAGACGUAGACUCCUAGCUCCUCCGAGCAGCGGGAUUCCUCCGAAGGAGAGGCAGCACAGCUCCGGGCAGUCAAUUGAAAGGGCUGCACUUCACCUCUGAUUGGUCCGGACAUUUGGGACUCCACAGCAAGCCAAUCAGAACACUUUGUCUCUCGGUCGCUACGGCAACGAAGGAGCUAUGAAUAAAUCAUGAAUUACUUCCUUUCAGACCAGCCAAGGCGAUGAUGGAGAUGCAUUAUCAUUAAGGGCAGCAGAGUUGAUGAGGGUUGGGAAGUGCAAAUAACCUUCCACAAUCACGGAUGACUUCAGUUUAUCCUUUUAUUCAUUCAUUCACUCAGAAUGACAGCGAAGGUGGAGGAUGGGUUUGGGUUGUGUUUUAACAAUUUUCUGCUCAUAUUUGCCAAUGUAUCUACAUAGACAUAUUCAUAUUGUAAAGAUUUGUUCCAUAGAUGUAAUUUCCAGUGUAAGAUAAUAUUUUAAAGUCUCCUGUGCUCUUCUCCACGACCACGCAAAAUCGCGGGAGGCCACGUUAGCCGCUCUAGAGGGACUUUCAGACCGGUGUGUGCGCUUGUACGAUAAACACCUCCACACACACACACGAGCACUAGGGAGCGGGGUGGGGUCAAGUAUGCACUUUAUAGUCCAGCCCAGUCUUAUUGUGACGUACAGCAGCACCGGUCGGUUCCUCUAGAGCCCCCUCGCACUCGUGUCCUCCUCUCCUUUUUGCUUUUAACAACUUAUUUUUGCAGUGCCACUUAUGCAGACACACGCAAGCUCUGAUAGCGAGCCGCUCUGCCUGUGACUUGACCUCUGACCCCCCCACACCAGGCGACCACAGUCGUAGCCAUGGGGGACGCAGUACGGGGCAGGCGAUGUCCUGGAAACGGGACCGAUCCGGGCCCCUCAGCAGAUCCAAAACAAGCAGUGCCACGGUCAGCACUCUUCCUCCACUACUCCUUUUUGCUGACAGGCAGCCUCGCGUGCUGGAUUUUAUUCUUUUUCAUCGCUGUGUUUUAUUUUUUUCUUUUGCCACUUUUCUUUAACUCUGGAUGCCGGAGAGGAUCUUUAGGGACUCAAGCCUUAUGCAAGAAAAGCUGAUCUCGAAGCGCACGGAUCAGUCAUGGUGGGCCGCCAGUGCCGACUGAGGGGGAGCUCAGGAGCAUGUUUUAUUUUUAGGUGCCAAGGUUUCAUACACACACACACACACACACACACACACAGACAAAGAACAACACAUUGUAAUAGAAUUUGUGGGGAAAAAAAACAUGCAAGCGUGUGUCAUUCAUCACUUCACUUCGCUCAAAACACAAAGAACAGGUCCUCACCUCACUGUUACCUCUGCUUUAUCACUUUUUUUCCAAUGGACUUUUCUUUUUUUUUUUUUGUUUCGCUUUUGUCUACCUUUGAAAACGCACACAGAGGAGCUAAACCCAAAUGUAGCUCUAGUGUUCACUGGAGAGCAAACGCCCGUGUGUUACCAUCAUCCCUAAACCAAUCAUCGGGAGACUUGAAGUGCCUUAACCUCCCGAUCUCCCUCCCCAUCGCACGUCCGAUGCUGUAUCAUCACAUCUCCGACAAAGCGUGUCAAUGUCUGCUCCACCUGUGACGCCGGACCAGUAUCUCCUGUGGUCAUGUAGUCUCGCUGUAGGGGUGCAACAGGGCUUCUUCAUCUCCAUUAUUCCCCAGACUAAUACAGGGAAAACUUCCUCUGUGUGUUGUGACAAAGGCUUGUAGGAAUGUAAUGUGAUUGUGUGUGUGGAUGGGGGAGGGCGGGGGUGUAAGUUUUACCCUAACGAAACAGGGUUUAGGCAUCAGGACAGGGUUUUGGUGAUGGUAAAAUGCUGCUUCUUUCCACUGUGUGCUCAAGCGGAGACACUUUGUAGUUACUGAUUUAUGGUAGUUUAAAUGAAGCCACACUUUCGCUCACAUGUUGUGGAGGCCUAAGCUAGCUUUGCAGAUUGGUUGAUGCUACAGGUACGGACCCGUACCCGUAGCGGAUACGGGUCCGUAUCUGUAGACACUACCUUGCAGAUUAGCUCUCAGCUUUAACAGGUCAAUGUUUACAGUGUGAGGACCUACAAGGCAAUCAUGCAGAAUGGUUUUCUGUUUAGACUCAACUUGCGAUCACACCACCGAGGCUCCUCUGCGUCCUCGCGGCUCGAGGAGAGGGAAGACACUGUUUUAGCCCUUCCACACACCCCCUCCAGCCCCGCCCUCCCCUCCAUUACCCUCUCGAUCUCACUAGAUGUGAAUGUCACAUCGUGCUCUCCGGCACGUUUGCAUGUGUGGCAGCAAGUGGUGGUGAAGUUUGUCUUUUUCUGUGUGACGGAAACAAAUCAGCCCCCCGUGUUGUUUGCUGUGUAAUUUGGUGUCAUUAGCACUUACUGUCACAAACACACGCCCCUUCUCUGAGGCUGAUUACGCGCUAUCCGAGGGAAGCUGCAUGCAGUCUGUGCCAAGAUACAUGGCCAUGGCAACAUGAGUUGCAUUCAGCCGAGAGUCUCUUAGAUUUGUCCCUCUGCUACAUCACCCACAACUACUUAAAAAUGGUGAAAAAAAAACUUCAAAAACAAUCUCUUGUUUUAAUCCUGGGAUGCAGGGAGGGAUGGGUAAGUGCGUGGGGAGGGAUUGGCAUCUAUACGGGUUUUUACUGUCAUUCAAUUUUGAAGAUUCACUUCUGACAUCGCAGGAUUCUGUAAUGCAUGUUAAAACUCAGUUUUAAUUUGUACAUCAGAGUUUGAUUAAGGGGAAAUUUGAUAUAAAAUAAACUGGAAUGCACAACC